AUGAUGGAUAUUGUUAUUGGUGGAAAGUUCAAGCUUGGAAGGAAACUUGGGAGUGGAGCAUUUGGGGAGCUUUAUAUGGGUGUUGAUGUGAAAACUCAAGAGGAAGUGGCUCUUAAGCUGGAACAUGUGAAGACAAAGUAUCCUCAGCUUCUGUAUGAGUCUAAAUUGUACAGGCUUCUGCAAGGAGGAACCGGCAUACCUCAUAUAAAAUGGUAUGGAGUCGAGGGUGACUGCAACGUGAUGGCUGUUGACCUUCUUGGACCAAGUCUUGAAGACUUAUUUAAUUACAGCAAUAGAAAAUUCUCCUUAAAAACAGUAUUGAUGCUUGCCGAUCAACUAAUAAAUAGAGUAGCGUAUAUGCACUAUCGUGGAUUUCUGCAUCGUGAUGUAAAGCCCGAAAACUUUCUGAUGGGUUCAGGCAGCAAGAUAAAUCAGGUGUACAUUAUUGACUAUGGACUUGCAAAAAAAUAUUGUGAUCUUAAAACACAAAGGCACAUACCAUACAGGGAAAACAAGAGUCUCAUUGGAACUGCUCAAUAUGCAAGUUUUAACACUCACCUUGGAAAUGAACAAAGCAGAAGAGAUGAUCUAGAAUCGCUUGGUUAUGUUCUAAUGUACUUUUUGAGAGGAAGUCUUCCAUGGUAUGGGCACGGCAUGAAAGCUGUCACCAAAGAGAAGAAAUAUGAAUGGAUAAGGGAAAAAAAGAAGCUAACUCCAAUAGAGGUCUUGUGCAAGUCACAUCCAACAGAGUUCGCGUCAUAUUUCCACUAUUGUCGAUCAUUGCGGUUUGAAGAUAAACCUGAUUAUUCAUAUCUUAAGAAACUCUUUCGGGAACUAUUCAUUAGUGAAGGUUAUCAGUAUGACUUCGUAUUUGAUUGGACUACAUUGAAGGAUCCACAAAGUGGUUCCAUUUCUAAAACAAGUCCAAAUGUGAAACCAGUCUUAAAUACAGGACCAUAUGAAGAGAGAUUAGAACGGCCUACAGUCGGAGAAGAGAUUCGUGAUAGAAUAUCAGGUGAAGUUGGGGCAUUUUCAGGAAGAAAUAAUGGCUCUGGGGACAGACUGCAGCAUAGGUCUUUGGCAGAUCCGUCGUAUGCACCUUCAGAUGUUCUUCCAUGA